CUGAGUUGUCAGGCAUUCUCUUCCAAUAACAGUCACCAUGUCUCUGCGUUCUAGCUCUUCUUAUUCUGUACAGAGCAAAAGUGUCUCUGGAGGUGGUGGUUUUGGCAGCGGCUAUGGGGCUAGCUUUGGUGGAGGAAGCUUUAGUGGAGGAAGCUAUGGUGGCAGCAGCUUUGGUGGUGGCUUUGGAGCAGGCUUUGGUGGUGGUGCAGCUUCUGGGUUUUCCGCUAGUUCUGCAGGUGGUUUUGGAGCAGCAUCCGCUAGUUCCAGCUUCAGCAGCUUUGGCGGAAGCGACAAGCAAACCAUGCAGAACCUCAAUGACCGUCUUGCUGCCUACCUUGAGAAAGUGAGAGCCUUGGAAGCUGCCAAUGCUGACUUGGAACUGAAGAUCCGCGAGUGGUAUGAGAAGCAAAGAACCUCUGGCAUUGGAGCAGGGGCUAAGGAUUUCAGCAAAUACUUUGAUAUCAUCACUGAUUUGAGGAGCAAGAUCCUUUUUGCCACCAUUGAUAACUCAAGAGUUGUUCUGCAAAUUGACAAUGCCAAACUUGCUGCUGAUGACUUCCGUCUGAAGUUUGAGAAUGAGCUGGCUCUUCGCCAGAGCGUGGAGGCUGAUAUCAAUGGCCUGCGUAGAGUCCUGGAUGAGCUGACCCUGGCUAGAGGUGACCUGGAGAUGCAGAUCGAGAGCUUGACUGAAGAGCUGGCCUACCUGAAGAAGAACCAUGAAGAGGAGAUGAGCAUUGCUAAGAGCAGUGCUGCCGGCCAAGUGACUGUAGAAAUGGACGCUGCUCCAGGCACAGAUCUGACCAACAUUCUGAAUAACAUGAGAGCCGACUAUGAAACACUGGCUGAGAAGAACAGAAGGGAUGCAGAGCUGUGGUUCAACCAGAAGAGUGGCGAGCUGAAGAAAGAGAUUUUAACAGGCGUGGAACUAGUGCAGUCAAGCAAGAGCGAAAUAUCCGACCUCAGACGCAGCCUUCAGAGCUUGGAAAUUGAAUUGCAAUCUCAACUGGCAAUGAAAAAAUCUCUUGAAGACUCUCUGGCAGAAACAGAUGGCCGCUAUGGUGCCCAGCUUCAAACCAUCCAGCUCAGUAUCAGAAGCCUAGAGGAACAACUUCUGCAGAUCAGGUCCGACAUGGAACGUCAGAACAUGGAGUACAAGCAGCUCCUUGACAUUAAGACCAGGCUGGAGAUGGAGAUUGAAACAUACAGGCGCCUGCUGGAGGGAGAAUUGAGUUCUUCCAGUUCAUCAGUGCAAGUAAUCACAUCACAAUCAUCUUCCAGCUCCAAAAAAGAUCCAUCAAAAACCAGAAAAGUAAAGACCAUUGUGGAAGAAGUGGUCGAUGGAAAGGUUGUCUCAUCAAGAGUUGAGGAAGUCGAAGAGAACGUCAAAUAAAGAUUCAUCUCUGAAAUCUUCACUCACAAAAUGGAAAUUUCUGUUGAUUUCAAGAUGCAAUAAAGCUUUCCAAGCCA